AUGAGGAAAGGUAAGCCCAAAGCAUUUCUGUCCAUGGUGGAACUCUCACUUGAAGCAGGAGACUCUCAGCAACCUCCGACGCCUACUGAUCCCCGCCUCACACGCCCUUCACAGCCAAGACCGACAGCUGGGUUCAAUUCCCCAGAUGGAAUCCCCUCCACUCAGAUGUCGGAGGCGCAAGCUGCCCAGCAAGCUGCAAACAACAGCACAAUGACCCAGUUCAUGAAACCAAAGUUUGCUCGUGCGCCUAUUAAAGAAGCUGGCAGAGUCGCCUAUCUCGGCGAAUCGUCGAAUCUGUCACUGCUUGUUCAUGACCGACAUGGCACGACGGAUGUAGUCCACUACCCCUUACCAGAGAACAUCAGAGGCGCACGUGCACGUCUAACGGAGCCUGAUCAGAUGGAGAUUGAGAUUCUGCAGCAGCGGGGCGCAUUCUUGUUGCCACCUCGAGCGUUGUGCGAUGAGCUUGUCGACGCCUACUUUCGUUGGGUCCAUCCCAUUGUGCCAGUCAUCAAUAAAACUCGGUUCAUGAAGAGGUAUAAGGACACAAAGAACCCGCCGUCGUUACUCCUCCUUCAGGCCAUCCUACUAGCUGGCUCUCGAGUCUGCACCAAUCCUCAAUUGAUGGAUGCCACCGGUUCCACCACGCCUGCAGCGAUGACUUUUUACAAGCGCGCAAAGGCACUCUACGACGCAAAUUAUGAAGACGAUCGAAUCACUAUCGUCCAAGCUUUGGUAUUGAUGGGCUGGUACUGGGAGGGCCCCGAAGGUAAGGGCCGGGAGUCGAUAGAAUUCGCCGACUAUGCUAGGUCUAACAUAGGUGCAGAUGUGACGAAAAAUGUCUUUUACUGGACCAGGGUCGCCAUUGUGGUGGCGCAAGGUGCCGGCAUGCAUCGAAGUGUCGAAAGCUCGCAAUUGAGCAGACAAGAUAAACGAUUGUGGAAAAGAGUGUGGUGGUCUCUCUUCACAAGAGAUCGAUCAGUUGCCGUCGCACUCGGCCGUCCCGUUUCAAUCAACACCGACGACUCUGAUGUCGAAAUGAUCACCGAAGAAGACUUCAUCGAGGAAGAAGGUGAUCCGAAUGGCGACUACCAAUCCGAUCCUGUCCACGUGCAGUUCUUUCUACAAUAUGUCAAACUCUGCGAAAUCAUGGGUCUUGUGCUCUCUCAGCAGUACUCAGUUGCUUCCAAGGCUCGACGAACGAACGCCAUCGAUCUCACUCACAGCGACAUGGCGUUAGCCGACUGGUUGCAGAAUUGUCCUCGAGAAGUUUACUGGGAACGCUCGCGCCAUCAUUUCUGGUCAGCUUUACUGCACUCUAACUACUACACCACUUUAUGUUUGUUGCACCGCGCUCACAUGCCUCCGGCCACGGCAAGACCAAAUGAAUAUGACAACGUGGAUAUGGCCUAUCCUUCCAGGACCAUAGCAUUCCAGGCCGCCGGCAUGAUCACGUCUAUCAUGGAGAACCUGCUUGCACAUGACCAAGUGAAAUAUACCCCUGCAUUCAUUGUCUACAGUCUAUUCUCCGCACUUAUCAUGCAUGUUUAUCAGAUGCGCUCUUCGGUGCCAUCGGUUGUGGCUGCUAGCCAAGAGCGAAUCAACGUAUGUAUGAAUGCAUUGAAAGAGGUCUCAAAAGUGUGGUUGGUCGCCAAAAUGGUCCACACUCUGUUCGAGUCCAUCUUGGGCAACAAGGUUCUUGAGGAGAGACUCCAGAAAGCGACCGGCAAAAAGGCUCAACGAGCUCGAGGGAACCAGAGUGCCGUAUUUCCAGGCCAUUCGAACGGAAACGCCAAUGGCACCUCACAGUCUGGGCCGUCAACGGCGCAAGUAUGGACGGCAAAUGCGACCAAGCGCAAAUUUGAUGAUAUUGACUUGGGUUUCAACGUUGGGGUUCCUGCUCCCCAGAUGUCGUACGAGCGAUCACGACCGCAAACACCAGCUGUCACCCCAUCCCGCGAACUUCCCCAACAGCAACAGCACAACUACUUAGGUUCGCCUCCAUUGAGGGACGAACACAAUCUACCAACGUCAAGAUCUCGUGGUCAAUCUCGCAUACCAUCCCGGGGUCCCACGAGAGCCAAUUCACCAUUCAACGGGUACUCCAUUCCUGCGACUCCUCCAGACUUGUUUCUGGUGACACGGGAUUCGCCCAACAUUUCACAGCAAUUGUGGGAGAAUUUCCAGCCUGAUCAACUCUUCCCUGAUGGAACCAUAGGGGAUGCCACGGGAUUCGCCAGUCCUGUUAUGACUCAUGCCGUCGAUCCUCAGCUACAAAUGUCAGCGCAGGGCAUGGGAAGUCAGCAGAUUCCGCAGAUCGACAUCUCUGGACAAGCGCAACACUCACAAGUUUGGCCGCCUGGGAUGCAAGGUAUGAUGGGCGCUGGAAUGGAAUUGCAUGACAGCGACGGGUGGUCUACAAGCUCCAUUGGGAAUGCACCUGUCGCACCCACAACCUUGAACGUGGAGGACUGGUUCCAGUUCUUCGGAAUCAACGGUGAGAUGGCGGGGAUGGGCAUGGACGGGACUUAG